CGAGCGUACACAACGUCUAUGUGCUUACCCUUGAACGUGUAAUGGAAAUUAUGGGAUGCAAAGAAAAUUUGGUCACCGAAGUCGAUAAAAAACAUCGUGAGACAAUUUUGAUCCUUGCACGUGCAUUGACAUGACGAACUUUUGGCUAGAUUUGAUGGAAGAGAGCGUAUGGGUUCCGGUGAACGAACUGCUUUUUCGCUGUCAGGAAACUCAUUGCGUUUAAGAUUCAUUCUAGCAUCUGCUGAUUAUCAUCAUCAUCGUCACGAGAAUGCAUGGACUAAUGUAGCCUAAAGAAUCUCAUCUCCCGCUGAAUAUCACCCAGAUAACGUCAACGGCCAUCGGGGAGGAUGUUUUUCGCGCUUUCGCGGAGUUAUAAGUUGUCAUGCAAGUCGCAGACAUCAACGGAAAGGGGAAUUUGUUCGCGAAGUUGAAGCACGCGCACCAUUUCUUUUGUCCAGAUUAUCGACUGCGGGAUUUCUGUGCAAUUAUCUUCUAAUGCGUUUUUCGGUUUUAGUUUGGUAAAGUGGAUAUACGACGGCUGCUUUCACUGUCACAUGCCUUCCUUCGUAAACAUUUGUCGCAAAAUAAUGAGAAGAAUGUCCGAGCAUCGAGCUGAGGGCUCGUUUUAUUUUUCAUGCGGUAAUACAAAGUUAUCACGCGCAGGUGUUGGAUUAAUGAUUUCGUGCGAAAAGUAGCCUAAUCGAGGCGCAUUAAGAUAGAAAAGUCAAAAGUACCCGUUCGUACCGUGAACUGACCAGGCACAUCGACGGAGGGAGAAAAAAAAAUCUGCAAACCUAGCAGGAAAAGAAGCCAUCAAAAUUACGGAAAUCGCUUCGUUCUUUUCCUCCAGUCUGCGAUUACAAAUGGAUUUUGUGAGAGCAACUCUUUCCUCAGCGCCAGGGUAGUGUUAUUAUAAGACAUUCUUAACCAUUGGAUAUUAAGUUUAUUAUUCAGAUUUGCUUAUUUGUCCAAGUAAGCAAUGUUCGAACUGAUUAUUGUUUUAUCGCUUCAUGAAAUGUCAAAAUUUCAGUUGUAGUCACUAGACUGUCACCUUACGCCUGUUGUUCUCCUCGCUGCUUUGAGGAAUAAGAUUUAUCCCUGGAGUGGAAUAUCAUGGGUGAUAUGGGAGACCCUGAGGGGUCUGCGCACCUGGAAGCGCUUUAGCAAUGGCAGCGGCCUGUCCACUUGGCCCUCAGGUGGAGAGACUGGACAUCUGUGGACAGACAUAUUGAUUUAACUGUGCGAAUAAGGUUUCUCCAGACAGUAUACACCGAGUUCCAAGAGAAGGGUCAGAGAGUGGAGAAGACCUCCUCACCUGCAGGUAGAAGGUCACCUGUUCUUCACCCAAAGCUCAGGAAGAGCAGAUAACAUCUCAGAAAGACAUCAGAAAGUCACAAGGAAAAGCCAUUGAUGGGUGAAACUAGAGGGCCGUGUGUGUGAGGACCUCCAAACCUGAACUCUGAACAAGAGCACACACACACCGCCAAAAUGAACGGUCUGACAGGCAAGUUUUGCUCAAGUGGGACACCAGAUGAGAGACAGGCUCUCCAUUCAAUUAUGAAGGAUCUGGUGGCCCUGCAGAUGACUAGGCGCCAGCCCACCUCAACUUAUGACACAACAAAACCAAAACCUGUCAGCACUGCAAGCUCAUCCAACAGAAUGGAUGAUGUUAGGAUUAAAUUUGAGUUUUGCGGUGAAAGAAGGAUUCUGAUGUUUGGGCGGCCUGUGCAGUUUGAAGAAAUCCAGCAGAAAGUCAAAACAUUCUUUGGUCAGCAGUUGGACUUGCAUUAUAUGAAUAAUGAGCUGUCUAUCCCCCUGCGUAGUCAGGAUGACUUGGAUAAAGCCAUUGAUCUGCUGGACCGCAGCUCAAACAUGAAGAGCAUCAAGAUUUUGCUGCUGACACAGGAACAAAGCAAUGCCUCUUCUCCAUCUCAUCACACGGUAUGUAAGCAGGUCCGCAUGAAAACAUCUCAGUCCACUGGUGAUGUCAGCACUGCCUACCAGUCCUCGGAACCAAGAGGACGCCACCACUCUACCAGCUCUCAAAAUACUGGGCGAAGUUCUCCGCCGCCUGGUUAUGUUCCUGAGCGUCAACAGCGAAUCGCACGUCAAGGAUCCUAUACCAGCAUCAAUAGUGAGGGGGAGUUCAUACCUGAAACCAGUGACCAGUGUGUGCUUGAUCCUUGGAGCAGCGCAGAAAACUCAGUGUCUGGCAGCUGUCAAUCACUGGACAGCAACUCUGACAGCCCCUCACUCAGGAAGCCUCGCACGCACAGGGUUAAAAGUUACCCUGACAACCGGCAAGACUGUGCAGACCGGGAAAACCACGUAAAUGAUAAGAUUGUGGGAAAGGGAGGGACGUUCCCUCGGAGGUAUCACGUGUCCCUGCACCAUAAAGACCAAAGUGAAGGUCGACGGACAUUUCCACGGAUCCGCCGGCCUCAGGGUAACCUAUUUACAUUGGUGCCAUCACGGCGAUCACUGAACGGCAGUGAGGAGAGUUUGGGGAGCUGGCAGCUAGUUGAUGCGCAGGCCAGACUCCGCCCACAGGACCGCGCAGUCCCUCAUAAGUCCCCUACAGCUCCAGUGACGUGGCGUAGAGGGAAAUUGCUUGGUCAGGGUGCUUUUGGGAGGGUGUAUCUAUGCUAUGAUGUGGACACAGGCAGAGAACUUGCAGCUAAACAGGUUCAUUUUGACCCAGCCAGUCCAGAGACCAGCAAGGAGGUGAGCGCACUAGAAUGUGAGAUACAGCUGUUGAAGAACCUGCACCACGAACGAAUCGUCCAGUACUACGGUUGCCUUAGAAACCACAAUGAGAAAACCCUCACCAUUUUUAUGGAAUUUAUGCCAGGGGGCUCAGUCAAAGACCAGCUGAAGGCCUAUGGGGCUUUGACGGAGAAUGUUACACGAAAGUAUACCAGACAGAUCCUGGAGGGCAUGUCCUACCUGCACAGCAACAUGAUAGUCCACAGGGACAUCAAAGGUGCCAACAUCCUACGAGAUUCAGCUGGCAAUGUGAAGCUGGGAGAUUUUGGCGCCAGUAAGCGACUUCAGACCAUCUGCAUGUCCAGCACUGGUGUGCGUUCUGUUACCGGAACACCAUACUGGAUGAGUCCAGAAGUGAUCAGUGGAGAGGGGUACGGGAGGAAGGCAGACGUCUGGAGUCUCGGCUGCACUGUGGUGGAGAUGUUGACAGAAAAGCCUCCGUGGGCUGAAUUCGAGGCCAUGGCAGCCAUAUUUAAGAUCGCUACUCAGCCUACAAACCCCCAGCUUCCCUCUCACAUCUCCGAGCACACGCGGGACUUCCUCCGCUGCAUCUUUGUGGAGGCCAAAUACAGACCAAGCGCGGAGGAGCUGCUCAGACAUCCCUUCUCCCAGAUCUUGUGCUGAUGAGGCCCACCAUCCAGAGGAACCAGUUCCUCUGUUGAAAACAUUUUAAGGGCUGUUCAAAGACUCAAGUCGUGAUAAGCUCAUUACAGUAUAUAAAAGGCAAUCUACUCUUCCAGAGCAUGUGACCUGCAUGCAACCAAUCAGCUGUUGCCAGGAUGAGGUCACAAAACAUUUUUUUCUUUGAUGGUUUAAUGAGAUGUGAUGUCUCUGUAACAGCAGGGGGCACUACAGGAUUAUUUAGUGCUGUAACGCUUUUAUUUCAGGAAGUGAUUGACAUCACUUAAAAGGAUGAGCAGAAAUAUGAUACUGCUUGGACUUUAGGGCAAAUAAGCUGCUUCAGACUGGAAUCUGGCUAUGUUCGGAAUUGAAUAUUAUAUUACUACUUAAUGAAUACUGCACAGUAUAAACUAUGUACUGCCUAAUAUCUAUUUUAAAUUACAGUUUCACAAACUGUGUUUGUCUCAUGACCUCAUCGCGUUGAAUGUUUAAUUCCAUAUGCAGUUAUUAUUUUGGACAUAAAAGCAGUUAUUUUGCAGUCCAUAAAAAAAAAAUUACUUCAGCUAUUACUUCUGCUUCAUUCAUCACGCUGAAAAUGGAAGGUCAAGUCAUGCGCACAAUAUGUAUCUCAUAUACAGUAUUCCAUGCAGUAAGCUCUGUCUGAGUUUGGAAUAGCAUACUACUCGUACUAUUUCUGCCAUACAGCAAUAAUAGUAAGGGUAGAAUGGUAGUAUGCUAUUUUGAACAAAGCAUCUCAGUAAAAGCAUCUAAUAUAAAUAAUUUUUGCAAAUUUAGUGGGUCAUCCGGUUGUUCUAUGCAUACAGUACAUUCUAUAUAUUGCAGCAAAAGUAAGAGUAGUAAGCUACUAUGCUAUUCCGAACAUGCCUUCAUUACAAUAACCACCAAAUGUGCCUUCUAAAGCCAAAAAGGCCUAUCUCAGUGACCCUUGAAUGAGUGUGCUGACAUAAGAAUGUCUCCUAAUAAUGAAUGUUUCAUACAGUCUGCCCCAGAUUUAUCAAGUUAAAGUUUUUCCUGUUCCAUACAGAAGUCACAGCGCUUCUCCAUGUGUGCCUAUUGUUUAAGUCUCCAUGACUCCAGGCACUUGGUGUUAAAGGAAAUGUAAUAGUUAUGUCAUGGAUUGUUCCUGCCUUAAAUGAGUGUGCAUGAAAGGUCCUGUGCCCGUCAGCCUCACUUGAGGUAUGAGGUUUGCAUUUAUAUGUCACUGUGCCAUCUGUGCUUCUGAAAAAGAUUCAUCUGUUAGAUCUCGAUAAAUGCCAUGCUUGCUCGGGGGGUAAAUUGCUUUUCCCAGAAUUGCACUUCUUUGAUUCUUCCUUAACUAUUUUAAACUGUGACAGAAUAUGCCCUAAUAUUUUUGGUUUAAUGCCAAAAAGUGUUAUAGUUAAAAGUUCUUAGACUUUAGAAAUAGUUUUGUACCAUUAUAGUGCCUUAUAUUGCACAGUGGCCUCCUCCUAAAGAACUUGUAAAGUACUUAAGAUGCAGCUAAUCUCAUUAAUAAUAUUCCUGUGAGAAGAUUCCCAUGGUGAAAUUUAAGAUUGGGAUUCAUGUAAGGUAUUUUGUUACUGAACUGAUUAUUUUGGUCGUGGUGAGACAUCGAAAACACAUUUGGAAGUUUUCUCUCAGACGCAGCCAAAGAAAAGUCUCUCUUAAAAAGUGUUGUGCCUUAAAUGUCCUAUGGCAGUAUAUAGGGCUCUUUUGAAUCAGAUGCACUUUUGUUUAAUGAAUGUUGAAUUUACCACAUUUUUCAUUUGUUACACAAAAUGUGAAGCCUUGAACACUUUUAUUUAUAUCCCAAUGUUCAGCCAUUUUUUUAUAUACUAUAUAUAUAUAUAUAUAUAUAUAUAUAUAUAUAUAUGUCUAAAUCUAUUUUUAUAUAGUAACUUCAGAGCGUUAGAAAUCAAAUUGUGCUUUUAGGAACAGACGAUGAGUCACAGAAUCUUUAGAAACAAAAAGAUUUGUAAAAGCAGCUGGUUUUGCAGAGAUUACAGUAUGAUUUUUUUACAUGUUUAUUUCUGACUGGACAAUGAGCUCUGGCUGUUUAUUCUGUGCUUGACCUGUGCAAGUCAAAAUUCUUCUGUACUCUAAAUUUUACUUAGUGUAUUUGUAUGAUCUAUGUCAGUUUCUGUUUAUCUGUCUGCUUUUUCCCCAAGGAAAUGACAAAAAAUCCAAUACAAACUGGGUUUUGGUGCCCAGUGUUGUUGCUGGAAGUGACCAGUUCCUUCAAUCAAACUUUCUAAAAUAAGAGCAUUAUUCACAGAAAUGCAUUAACACAUGUUGUUGCAGUUUAGGAAAGACUUGCAGAGGUUUUGCCUUUAUGUUAUUCAGAGCUUCAGCAUAGAAAAGGUCAAUUUUUUAUGUUAAAGAAAUAGUUCAGUAAAAAGAUUUAAAUUCUUUCAUCAUUGGGUGAGUAAAAGAUGACCAUUUGUAUUUUUGGUUAUGAAUGAGAACACUCAGUAGUUGAUGGUAUUGAGGUUGAUGUAAUUCAGAAUUAUGCAGUAAGUGUUAAGCAUUGUUAUGUAGAAUGUGAGUACAUGGGACUUGGGAUGUGUGAACUAGGAAGCGUGUCUGUAAAGGCAUUAAGCUUUCUUUGUGAGUGUGUUGAGAGAUGAGUGAGAUAGGUCAAUGCCAGGGGGAAAAUUUCCACUCAGUUUGACGACUUUUGUUUAGCUCAGGGUUUAAGUGAAAUGUGUCCAUCACGUGGGCACACAAACACUGACCACAGGACCAAGAUAUUAUUAUUUUGGCCUUUUCAAAACCAUAACAAUUGGAUCAAAUGAGAUCUCAAAUAGCUGCUAGUUAUUGUUUAGGCAACUAUGAAUCAGUAUUGUACCAAAGGUCCUGUCUCAGAAAAAUGCCACAGUAAGCAUAGUUUCGAAGAACCCUGGGAUAAGCAAAUGAACAUAAACCAGUAUGUUAGAUAAACAGUAUACCAUCAUGGUUAUGUAUCUUGACAUGAGACUUGCAGUGCAAAGUCCGGCAUAUCAGUUAUUUUCAAAUAAAAUAAAAUGCACAAAAACCUUAUUUCAUUUGAAGUGUCCUUGAUUUUAAUCGUGUGCGCGGUGGUAUUUAUCACUUUGUGGGGACCAAAUGUUC